AUGCCGUCGGUAGACCUCAACCAGAUCCCUGCCUCCGCGCCGCCCGACGGCGUGACGCCCAACUUCGUGAACCCACCGAACCAGAAUUAUCAGAUCUACUCCAUCAAUAUUGCCCUCUGCCUUACAGGUACAGCGGUCUUGAUCCUUCGCUUGUACACGCGUGGUAAACUCCAGAAGACCAUUGGGGUCGAUGAUUGGUUCUGUAUCUGGGCGCAAGUCUGCGCGUGGCUAUUUGCCAUUUUGUGCAUGCUCAAUAUCCGGAACGGCUAUGGGGUCCACAUUUGGGACUUAUACCUCAGCAAGAUCAAGCCCUUCAAGCAGUAUGAUCUUGCGGCUGAGGACAUUUUCGUUGUCGGAAUCUGGCUGGUCAAAACGUCCAUCUUGUUGUUCUACCUGCGCUUGAGCCCCGAAAAGCGGUUCCGCCAAAUGACAUACGGGAUCAUGGUCUUCGUUGCCUUGUACAAUAUCAUCAGUCUGCUGGUCUUUACCCUCGGCUGUAUACCGGUGCAGGCCAGUUGGGACGUGACUUUGAUGCCGACUGCCAAAUGCGUUGACCAACUCUCCUUCGUCUACGCUAAUGCGGCAUUCAAUCUGUUUUCCGACCUGAUCACUCUGGCGUUGCCUAUUCGACUCUGCUGGUCCCUUCAGACUACUCUCAAGCAGCGGGUACUCUUAAUGAUAGUGCUGAUGAUGGGUUCUUUCGCGUGUGUCAUUGCGAUCAUCCGCAUUGUCACCAUGAUGCCAUUUGUCUCCAGUAUGGACCUGACUUGGUACAAAGUGACCUUAGCCAAGUGGGCCAUGGUGGAGAUCAACGUGGGUAUCAUCUGUUCGUGCCUGCCGGUGAUGCGGCCUCUGCUCAUCCGGUUCUUCCCCGCUGUUUUUGGCAGCCACGCCAGCAGUGGAGUCAACCCUAUCCGCCGUGCCGACGGCAAGGACACAUUUGGUGCAGCUCGCAAGAAGGUGAUCCGCAACUGGGACUACCUCAGCACAGUUAAGGGAACCCACGCGGGCGAGACUGCGCACGAUGUUGAGAGUCUGCAUGAGGAGCCUAAGCAUGACAAUGGCAGCGCUGAGCCGGCGAUCAUGAUGGCGACCGAAUAUUCGGUGACUUGCAAGAGACGAUCGGAUUAG